UAUACCCACUAGGAAAGUAAAAAAGUAUAGGGGGCCUCUGGCUAGGUUUCUGGCUUGGCUGAGUUUUACUUGACCAGAUAUUUCUCUUUUCUGGAAGAUUGAUUAUGGCCGAAGAGGUAAAAAAUGAACAAAAAGGAGGAGGUGGGGAGGACGUUGACUUUUUGUAUGAAGCAAUGUAUAAGCGAGAUCCUAAGAAGCGUCGCGUCAAGCCCGUUGAGCGCCACCUGAUACAGCUAGAUUUUGGUCUCAGCGACAGUGAGAAUGACAGCGACUUUGAAAUUAACGAACACGAAGACCCAGAUUCAGCAGGAUCUGCCGCCGAGAUGGAGGAGGACGGGAGCACGGAAGGAGACCGAGAAUUCGACGACGAAGACAACGAAGAUGACGACGAGGAGGGGGAGGAAGAUUCCGGCCAGGGGAUGUCCGACUCGGACGGCGGGAAGAAGCUCAGCAUCGGGGAGCUCAUCUCCAAGGCCAGGGUGAGCAGCAUGAAAGGCAUGGACAAGACUGGUUCCGGUGAAAAGCCAUCAGCAAAACUCAAGAUGCUAAUAUGUGCAGUAUGCUUAGGAGAAGUCAGCAUCGACAGCGAUGAGAUAGUGGAAUGCGACAGCUGCGGAAUUGGUGUCCAUGAAGGUUGCUAUGGUGAAAUCCUAUCGGACGGUGAUUCCACCAGCAGCAUUCAGACAGCAAGCUCCACUGAGCCCUGGUUCUGUGACACCUGCAAAGCUGGCAUUUCCGACCCUACCUGUGAGCUGUGCCCAAACUCUGGAGGAAUCUUCAAAGAGACCGAUGCCGGAAGGUGGGUUCACGUGGUGUGCGCGCUGUACGUUCCGGGAGUUGCGUUUGCUGACGUAGAGAAAUUACGCUGGGUCACUCUGUCCGAGAUGCCGACAGGGAAAUGGGGUGUCAGGACGUGCGUUUAUUGUGAGGAUGAACGCUUCAGCCGUACUGGCAUCUGCAUUUCCUGUGAUGCCGGCAUGUGCCGGAACUACUUUCACGUCACAUGUGGUCAGCGUGAAGGAAUCUUGUCAGAAGCGUCUCCAGAAGAAGACAUUGCCGAUCCGUUCUAUGCCUACUGCAAACUGCACGUGGAGAAGUCCAGCAUGCGCCACCGCCGGCAGAACUACCUAGCCAUGCAGUCGCAGCUCAAGAUCUUCCAAGAGCGCAAGCCAGAUGACCCCAUCGCCCAGGAGCGCAUCACUGAGAAGCUGAAGCGCUGGCAGGAGAAGUACAAGGAGUCCCGGGUCAAGAAGCCCAGUCCCUGGGUCCCGACGGAGAAGGUCCCUCGUCUGCUGACCACCAGCCCCUCGGCCACCCGUCACUUGAUGAAGAAGGCCGAACUCCUAGGAAUCAACACGGAGUCCCCACACCAAGCCCAGGUCAAGGAGAUCAGCGAGGUGCGCAGAAAGUGGCACAUACCGCCAGCGUUCACCAGCGAGUUCGUCAACUACUAUCUCGACCGCGAUGUGCGGAUGUCCAAUCUGAAGAACAGACUGGCUGAAUCUAUGAGAGUCAAUGAGCGUCUGCAGGGGGAACAGGUGACACUGAGAGGUCUCUAUGACAAGCUUACAAGUGAGGUGGAGUCCCUCCGCAUCAGCACCGCCAAGCAAAGGAUGGAGGGUCAGUCGCUAUGGAAGAUGUUGGUCGGCAUGGGUCUCAAGAAACAACCCAUGCCCGAAGCCAUCAAGAGCCCGUGGGCUAAGAAGAUCCCACCCAAGAAAGAAGGGCCCAAAUCGCCCGCCGUCAUUCACUCUUGUGGUAUAUGCAAACAGUCCACAGACCAGCACCAACUGGCCCUCUGUGAUACCUGCAAGAAGCACUACCAUCUGGGCUGUCUGGACCCACCACUGAGCCGAAUGCCUAAGAAGACUGCCUUCAGCGGAUGGCAGUGCUCUGAGUGCGUCUCGUCUUCCAGUGAUACCUCCAUGGCUGAGACUGUAGAAGGCGAGGAAGGGGAUGAGGCAGGCAGGCGUAAGCGACGAGUCAUCCGAGAACCCAAUAAAUUCACCCCUCCCGUGGACGGCAAAGGCGGUCAGAAGAAGGUGGCCUCCAGGGGGAAGCGGAAAGGCCGGAGGGGACUGAAACGGAAACUGAAAGUGACCAAGGAGGAGGGCGAAGAAGAAUGUGGUACCUCAGUCAAUGCUGAGAAUGAGACGCCAAAAGCAAAACGCGAGCGGACGACCCAACGCAAGCUUCCAGUCAGAGAGGCAAAGGGGACAUGCGUCAAAUGCAACAAAGAGGGCGACUGUAACAGCAUUGUCAGGUGUGACCAGUGUAGGAAGUGUUACCAUCUGGGCUGCUUGGACCCACCCUGCAAGAAAUACCCCAAGAAGUUUGGUUACAUGUGGUACUGCACAGACUGCGAUACUGGCUCGUCAACGGAGGAAGAAUGUUUUGAGGAUCACGAGGAGCAAGAGAAACUAGCCACACCCGAUGAUAAACAGCCAGCCACACCCGACAACAAGCAGGUGUCUACACCCAGCAGCAAACCUUCCAAAGGGAAAAUGGCUACAGAGAAGUCGAGUCCCUCCAGCAAGAACAGUCCGGCAAGUGCCAGGGGCAGCCCAAAUGGGGAUAGCAAAACCAGCUUGGAUGGGAACAAGGCCAGCGUGAGCCCGAGCACCAGUAGCCCAAGUGGGAACAAGCCCAGCCCAAAUAGGAACAAAGCCAGGAAGGGCAGUGGGAGCCCCAGGGCGAGUAAAGCCAGCCCAAAUGGCACAAGCCCAAAUGGCAAAAAAAGAAGCCCAGGUGUGAAUGACACUAGCCCAAGUGAGAAUAAAGUUAGCCCAACCAGCAGUAAGGCGAGUCCAGGGAAGGGUAAGACCAGUCCAGGUGGAAGGCGGUCUAGUCCCGCGGGGAGCAAAGACAUCCAGGCUGGUGACAGCAAAGGACCCACCGGCAACAAGCGAAGCCCUCCGAAGAAAUGAAGACAACUGUUAUUAGACAGUCACAUCAAAACUGACGAAUUCUUUUGUUAACGUGUUCCUUUCUGUUACUUUUGUGAACACCUUUCGUUUGUCAAGCAUCUUAAAUUUUUAAUGGAAAAGAAAACUUGUUCACACCUUUUUUUUUCACAUUUAUUUCAAGAAUGAUGAGCAAAAUGCCAAACUGGGUUCGAAAUUUCAUUCAAAUACAACUCAUUUUACGUAUAAAAUUCCAUCUAAUAUUGAAAUGAUAGAUUCAACAUGAGUUUGUCCACUUCAUUGAUUUAAAUACCACGAAAGUAAAUUCAUAUGCAUCAAUUGCAUGCAAAACAGACCUUGCCUAUACAGAUUAUGUAAACUAAACUGCUUUGGGCAAAUCACAGGGCCACACUCAAAUUGUACAUCAUACAAUUGGGAUUUGAAGGUAUCUGACUUCACCUAUAAGAAGCCUAGGACUGAAAGUGGCAAUUACAGACUAAAAAAAAACAGUGGAACGAAAAUUACAUUUUUCACAGUGCGCCACCUGCCAAAUGUGCUUGCCAAUCCAAGGUACUCUUUUGUGUUUAACUAUGCGUAAUUCUGUAUUUUCAGAACUUCCUGUUUUCUUUUCUUCAAAGCAUUACUGACUGGAAAAACAUGUUUCAAGGGGUGGUACCAGACAAUGUGUAAUUACUGUGUGAAGACAGGUGCAGACAGCUUAAUCCUGCGAGUCUGUCAGUACAAGUUUAUUUUCCAUUAUGAGCCCUGGAUAUCACAUGGAACAUAUACAUGUAUGUAUUCGGUUCGUAAGUGUGACGUCACUUCAGUUUAAACCAUGCCUACUGCACAUGCACUGC